AUGAUUCGUUCCCUAUUAUUUCGUCCAAGCUCCAAAGCCGGCUCGGCAGCUUUGACCAAAACGUCAGCAACAAACGGCUUGAAACAGGUGUACGCUCCGCACUUGCAGAGGCACAGCAUCAGAAUGGUGCAUAAAAAGGACGACGGCAAGUCCAACGAUGCUUCCAGCCAGCCAGACGCCGCCGCCACGACCCUGACGGACCAGUACGAACACAGAAGGCUAACUGGUAGCCCCACAACUGUAGACGGCUACGAAGCUACUUGGCUCAAUGCCCUCGCGGAGCGUGAAAAACAAUUAGCGCAGGGGAAGAUCAUCGACUCUUAUGUUUACAAUUCGGUCAAAUCAACCGAAGUCGGCGAAAGAUCUCGCAAGGACUCGUUCUCGUACCUAACUCUUCCUUUCCGUGAUGACCCAACGGUUGCGGAUUUUUACGUGAAUGCCGCAGGGCGACUAAGAAUGGGUCAAAUUUUCCAGGAUUUGGAUGCUUUGGCCGGAAGAAUUGCUUAUAGACACACUUCACCAGCCGAGCCGGUCAUUGUGACUGCAUCGGUGGACCGUAUUUACAUGCUCAAGAGCAUCGAUUACAUGGCCGACUACAACGUGGUCCUUUCGGGCGCUGUGGUUUGGACCGGUAGGUCCUCGAUGGAAAUCUCCAUUAAGGCCAGUGCUAUCAAGGGAGAAAUUCCUAAAGAAAUCAAUGAAUCUUCUUUGGCGGACGACGAUACCUUUUUAACUGCUUCUUUCACUUUUGUUGCCAGAAACCCGGAAACUCAUAAGUCUUUGGCAGUGAACAAACUCUUGCCACUCAACGAAAAGGAAUGGAAAGACUUCAGACGUGCAGAGUCCCACAAUGCCGCCAAAAAGCUGCGUGCUGCAAACGAGAAUUUGGAUACCAACCCUCCAACUGGUCAAGAAUCCAAGAUCAUCCAUGACAUGUGGGCAGCUUCCAAACAGUUGGCCAAAGUGUCUAAAAAGCCAAACAAUGUUAUGUUCAUGAAGGAUACAAACGUCAAAUCCACUAUGUUCAUGCAACCACAAUAUAGAAACAGACACUCUUACAUGAUUUUCGGUGGUUAUUUAAUGAGACAAACAUUUGAAUUGGCCUACUGUGCUGCGGCGUCCUUUUCACAUGCUUUCCCUAGAUUUGUGUCCUUGGACUCCACCCAUUUCAAGGCACCCGUACCUGUAGGGUCCAUCUUACAUAUGGAUGCCUCGGUCGUUCACACUGAACACCUGUAUGAACAAGGAUCUAAGCCCAAAAUUGCAGCUGUGACCGACAAGUCGAUCGAUGGCAAUACAGUUUUUCAUUUUGACCCUUCUCCAAUCAAUAAGCUUUCAAGCAAUCUAGAUGCUAUGCUCAGCAAGCCCGGUACUUUGAUUCAAGUGAGAGUUGACACAAUGGUUCAGGAACUAGCCUCAGAGGGAAAUACUUCUUCCGGUUCCUUCAUCUUCUCUUUCUACGCUCACAGAGACUCAGACGACAAAACUGUCGGUGAGCCAGGUUAUGCAACCGUGGUGCCAGAAAGCUAUUCUGAGAUGGUCGAGUACGUCAGCGCAAGAAGACGUGCUAUGGACACAGCCAAUUACGCUAGUAGCCUAAAGAGAGAGGUGAAAUUAUAG